CGCACCGUUCAGGGUUAUCGCUUCAUGAUACCGGGUCGACGAGCGGCCGCAGUGAGUGCAUCGGGCUUGCAUCGACAAGGCGCUGUGCGACGUUGGGGUACAGUGGCACCACAGCGCGAUAUUCUGGAAAGACUCAUCGACGGCGGAACGGUAUCGAACGCUACUCCGAAUUUCCUUGACGGCCUUUUGGCACGUCAGCAAUUCCAUGUUAUUGUAAGUGAUUUUCUGAUUUACGAUGGAUUAGAAGUGAAUGGUAGUAAAAUUAUUGAUGGUAUUAAUUUUGAUACAGAUCAGAUCAGCUAUGAAGAUGCGUUGUAUGAUAACGCAAACGACAAUGUCAAUGGGGGUACAUCAAUGGGUGUCGAUGAUCGUCGAAAUACGCCAGUGCCGUUGCCGUUAGAACGUUUCACAGAGGCUGCGCUAUUAAUCGAUGCGCACUCGCAUUUCUAUGUGUGGUUGAUACUCGCACAACAAAUCACGGCACAUCUCGACGAGAUUGAAGCGGUACAAGAGAAGAAAGCAAGCGAAGAGGCGAAAAACGCUGAAUCGAACAAUAGACAAACGACGAGUGAUGAGACGAAUGAAGUGCCGAAUAGUAAUGCUUCUGAAGAGAGGGAGUCGAGCGAUCGGCCAGCUGCUGAUGAAAUUCGUGUUUUGGAUCCGGACGAGGAUGUGUCGAUAUCGCGUGUUCUGUUGAGAGAGAUGGAUACGAUACGAGCAGAGAAUGAUAGUGGAGGUGUUGAACCGAUGGAUACUUCAGAAGGAUUACCGAACGAGAACACGGAAAGUAGCUCACUGCCAGCGCAACAAGAGCAACAUCAGCAGCAAGAAGGAGAGGCGGUAGACACGGAACAUGAGCGACGAACACAACAAGAAACUAGUAGCAACACAAGUGGCAUGGUUGUAGACACGACUGGUGAUGUGCCACUCGCGGAAAACAUUUCUGAACAACAAGAACAACAAUCAUGUUCAAAAUUGGAAAUGUGUGACUAUAACGACAAUGGCCUACGAGCGAAUAGUUCUGGCCANGAGCAGCAGCAGCAACAACAACAACAGCAUGGAGAUGAAUCACGAGCUGAGUUGUCGACUCCGAUUGAUGACUAUCGUGAUAUUCUUGGAGAUAUCGAGAUACCGGAAGGUGUGGAUCCGGCCUUCUUGGCUGCACUUCCAGAGGAUAUUCGUGCGGAAGUGAUUCGAGACCACGAACGUCAACAACGCGCACAACGACUGGUGGCACAACAAGCAAGUGCUGCAGCGAGGAAUGAGAGCGGAGACGGGAGUGGAGCAGAAAGACGAGAGCUCGAAACAGAGGCUGCUGCUGGAGCAGCUCAUACGGAAAGCGGUGGAGGGGCCACGUCGAUGAGAGGUGCUGCGGAGGAAAUCGAGCAGCUGGAUCAAGACUUCUUGAAUGCGUUACCGCCCGAACUGCAGGAGGAAAUACUGGCACAGCAUGAACGAUCCGUGCGACUCGCAAAUGAGCGUGCCGCCGCCCAGAGUGCAGUAGCUGAACCGUCAUCGGGUGCCGCAGGUGCUUGA